GUUCGGGUCCGCGCGCGAUGCAGCUGCGCCACGUGCGGACCCUGAUGGCCCCGCAGGAGGGCCUGGCCCGGGUGAGGUGCAUGUCCUGGUCGGCCAACAGCGCCCGGUUUGCAGUGUGCACAGCUGAGCAGGUGGUGCUGUUGUACGAUGAGCAGGGUGAGCAGCGAGACAAGUUCUCUACCAAGCCUGCAGACCCCAAGGUGAGUGGGGAAAGGGGACGGGGGACUGGGGGCCAGGCAGGGUGGGCUGGGGACCCGGGAAGGGUGGGCAGAGGGCUGGGGGCCUGGAAAGAUAGAGCCAAGGUCCAGGGAAGGCGGGCUGGGACUGGGUGGGGGUCAGGCAGAGCAGCCUUCCCCUGCAGUCACUCCGAAAUCACCCCACAGUAUGGCAGGAAGAGCUACGUGGUCAAGGGCAUGGCCUUCUCUCCAGACUCCACCAAAAUUGCCGUCGGCCAAACGGACAACAUCGUCUACGUCUACCGUAUCGGAGAGGAGUGGGGUGACAAGAAGGUGAUAUGCAACAAGUUCAUCCAAACGAGCACCGUGACCUGCUUGUUAUGGCCAGCGGAAAAUGUCAUUGUCUUUGGUCUUGCUGAAGGAAAGGUCCGUUUAGCCAAUACAAAGAACAACAAGUCAUCCACCAUCUACAGGACAGAUUCCUACGUGGUCUCGCUGACCUCCAACGUGUCAGGGAAGGGAAUCCUCUCUGGCCAUGCAGAUGGAACCAUUGUACGCUUCUUCUUCGAUGACGAGGGCUCUGGUGAAUCACAGGGCAAGUUGGUGGUGCAUCCCUGUCCUCCGUAUGCCCUUGCCUGGGCUUCCAACAGCAUUGUGGCUGCAGGCUGCGAUAAGAAGAUCGUAGCUUAUGGGAAGGAGGGCAAUGUAAUCCAAACCUUUGACUAUAGCCAGGACUCGUCAGAGAAGGAAUUCACUGUGGCAGCUGCCAGUCCUGGAGGACAGUCCGUCGUUGUUGGCAGCUAUGAUAGGUUAAGGGUUUUGAACUGGAGCCCGCGCCGUGGUGCCUGGGAGGAAGGCAAACCCAAAGAAAUCACUCACCUCUACACCAUCACAGCUUUGGCGUGGAAGAGGGAUGGCUCACAGAUCUGUGUGGGCACUCUGUGUGGAGGAGUGGAACAGUUUGACUACUGCCUCUGCAGAAGUGUUUACAAAAACAAGUUUGAAAUGACGUACGUGGGACCAAGCCAGGUCAUUGUGAAGAACCUCUCAACAGGAGCUCAAGUUGUGUUGAAAUCCCAGUAUGGUUAUGAGAUUGAUGAGGUGAAGAUCUUGGGGAAAGACAGAUAUCUGGUGGCCCGCACCUCUGACACGUUGCUGCUGGGUGACAUCAGCACCGACAAGUUCAGUGAGGUCGCCUGGCAAGGAUCUGGAGGGAAUGAGAAGUUCUUCUUCGACAACGAGAAUGUCUGCAUCAUCUUUAACGCUGGAGAGCUGACACUGGUGGAAUAUGGAAGCAAUGACAUCCUGGGUUCUGUCCGCACAGAGUUCAUGAACCCUCACCUUGUCAGUGUCCGUAUCAACGAGAGACGGAAGAGAGGCAUGGAGGAGAACAAGAGACUGGCUUAUCUGAUAGACAUUAAGACCAUAGCAACAGUGGAUCUAGUCAGUGGCUACAACACUGGCACUGUCAGCCACGACAGCAAGAUCGACUGGCUGGAGCUGAACGAAACGGGCCACAAACUGCUCUUCAGGGACAAGAAGAUGAGGCUGCAGCUUUACAACAUGGAAAGCGGCACCAAGAAGACCAUCGUGAACUAUUGCUCCUAUGUGCAGUGGGUCCCUGGCAGCAACGUGGUGGUGGCUCAGAAUAGAAACAGCCUCUGUGUCUGGUACAACAUUGAUGCUCCAGAGCAAGUCACCAUGUUUCCCCUGAAGGGGGAUAUUGUAGACUUGAAACGGAGUGAUGGAAAGACAGAAGUGAUCGUAUCUGAAGGGGUGAACACUGUGUCCUACACCCUGGAUGAAGGCUUUAUAGAGUUUGGAACUGCCAUUGACGAUGGGGAUUGUCACAGGGCUGCUGAGUUUCUGGAGACACAGGAAAUGUCUGACGAGACUGAAGCCAUGUGGAAGACUCUAAGCAGACUGGCUUUGGAAUCACGGCAGCUGCGCAUCGCAGAGAGGUGCUUUGCAGCAUUGGGCAAUGUGGCGAGGGUUCGAUUUCUGCGUGAAACGAAUGCCAUUGCCGACCAGGCAGCUCAAGAGCAUGGUGGGGAUGGCACAGACCAUUAUCUGGUACGAGCUCGUUUGGCCAUGCUGGACAAGAACUUCAAGUUGGCAGAGAUGAUCUUCCUGGAACAAAACGCCACAGAGGAGGCCAUGAACAUGUACCAGGAGCUGCACAUGUGGGAUGAAUGCAUUGCGGUUGCUGAGGCCAAGGGACACCCAAUGCUGGAUAAGUUGCGACGGGAUUACUACCAGUGGCUGCUGGAUACCCAACAGGAGGCGAAGGCUGGGGAGGUCCAAGAGGAACAGGGUGACUACCUGGCAGCCACCAGCUUGUACCUGCAGGCAGGGCUGCCAGCUAAAGCCGCACAGCUGGCCAUGAGGCAGGACGAGCUCCUGACCAAUGGAGAUGUCAUCAACAGGGUCUGCACGGCACUGGUCCAAGGGGAACUGUAUGAGCAGGCUGGAGACCUAUUUGAGAAGACUGGGAACACACAGAAGGCUCUGGAGUGCUAUUGCAAGGGCAGUGCCUUCCUGAAAGCGGUGGAGCUGGCUCGCCUGGCGUUUCCUGCAGAGGUUGUGGCACUGGAGGAGUCCUGGGGAGACCAUCUGGUGCAGCAGAAACAGCUGGAUGCGGCUAUCAACCACUACAUUGAAGCUAGGUGCUCAGUUAAGGCCAUCGAGGCAGCCCUGGGAGCUCGUCAGUGGAAGAAGGCCAUCUGCAUUUUGGACCUGCAAGACAAACAGACAGCAGCCAAAUAUUACCUCAAGAUUGCCCAGCACUAUGCAGCUUUGCAGGAGUAUCAGGUUGCAGAGGAGCUGUACAUCAAAGGAGACCGGACCAAGGAUGCCGUUGACAUGUACACACAGGCUGGGCUCUGGGAGCAGGCUCACAAGCUGGCAGUCAAGUGUAUGAGUCAGGAAGAAGUGUCUGUGCUCUAUAUAACCCAGGCCCAAGAGAUGGAGAAGGAGGGCAAGUACAAAGAAGCAGAGAGGCUGUACAUCACGGUGAAUGAACCUGAUUUGGCCAUCACCAUGUACAAGAAGUGCAAGAUGUACGAUGAGAUGGUUUCCCUAGUAGCCAAGUAUCACAAGGACAUACUCAGCAACACCCACCUGCAUCUGGGCAAGGAGCUAGAGGCAGAGGGGCGCUUACAGGAGGCUGAGUACCACUACCUAGAAGCGAAGGACUGGAAGGCCACAGUAAACAUGUACAGAGUGAAUGAUAUGUGGGAAGAAGCGUACAGGGUGGCCAAGGCACACGGUGAAGCAGACGCCUACAAGCAUGUAGCCUACAUGUGGGCAAAGAGCCUGGGUGGAGAGGCAGCCGUGAGACUCCUCAGUAAAUUUGGGCUUCUGGAGAUGGCCAUUGACCAUGCAGUGGACAGCAGGGUGUUUGAAUUUGCUUUUGAAUUGGCCCGCCUCUCCAUGAAGCAGAAGAUGCCAGAGAUCCACUUAAAAUAUGCCAUGUACCUGGAAGAUGAGGGCAAAUUUGAAGAGGCUGCAGCAGAAUUCGUUAAAGCUGGGAAGCCCAAGGAGGCAGUGCUGAUGUUUCUGUAUAACCAGAACUGGGAUGCUGCACAGCGCGUGGCCGAGGCUCAUGAUCCAGACAGCGUGGCAUAUGUGCUGGUGGGACAGGCACGCGUUGCCUUUGAGCAGAGAGAAUUCCAGAAAGCAGAGGCCUUCCUCCUGCGAGCACAGAGACCUGAGCUGGCCAUAAAGUACUACAAGGAGUCUGGAAUGUGGAGCGAGGCCCUGCGGAUCUGCAAGGAAUAUGUGCCCAGACAGCUGGAAGAGUUACAGGAGGAGUGUGGCAGGGAAGCUGCCAAGAAGGGCUCCAGAGGAACAGAAGGGCUGCUGGAGCAGGCGCGAGAGUGGGAGCAGGCAGGGGAGUAUGCCAGGGCAGUGGACUGCUACCUGAAGGUGCGGGACCCCAGCAACAGUGUCCUGAUGGAGAAGUGCUUACUGAAGGCUGCCGAACUGGCCAUUAAAUUCCUGGGUCAGUCGCAGAGCGUGGAGGUGACGCGGACCGUGGCUCCUCAGCUAGUGGCCAUGAAGAAAUGCAGUGCGGCAGCUGAACUCUACCUCAACUUGGACCUCAUCCAAGAAGCUAUCGAUGCCCUCAUCGAAGGGGAGGAGUGGAGCAAAGCCAAGCGCAUAGCCAAGGAGUUGGACCCCAGGUCAGAGGAGUACGUGGACCAGCGUUAUAAGGAGUAUUUAAAGAACCAAGGAAAGGUGGAUUCACUGGUGGGAGUAGAUGUCAUGGCCGCGUUGGAUUUGUACGCUGAGCAGGAGCAAUGGGAGAAGUGCCUGGAGGUGGCAGCCAAGCAGAACUAUAAAGUCUUGCACAAAUAUGUAGCUCUGUACGCGACCCACCUCAUCCGGGAGGGCAGCUGGGACAAAGCCCUGAACCUCUAUGUCCACCACGGAGCGCCUGCCAACCCACAGAAUUUCAACAUUUACAAGCGUCUCUUUGUGGAGAUGGUGAGUGCGUCUGGCAUGAACUGUGCUGAGGCUUACUCCAGCUGGGCCAACCUGCGCAACGUUCUCUUCCAUCUGUGUGAAAACUUGGUGAAGUCAAGUGAGGCGAACACCCCAGCACAGGAAGAGUUUGAAACAAUGCUGCUCAUCUCUCACUACUACGCCACUCGUGCCGCUGCUCAGGGUGUGAAGCAACUGGACACUGUGGCUGCCAAGCUGUCCAUUUCCUUGCUCCGCCACACCAAGCUCCUCCCGGCAGACAAGGCUUUCUACGAAGCUGGGAUGGCUGCCAAGGCAGUCAGCUGGGAGAACAUGGCGUUCAUCUUCCUGAACUACUUCCUGGACCUCUCGGAUGCCAUUGAAGAAGGGAACGUGGAUUCCCUGGACCACUCCGAUUUCCAGGGGACGGACAUCCCCUUUGAAGUGCCGCUUCCAGCUCAGCAACACGUGCCUGAGGAGAAGCGGGAGGAGGUCCGGGACUGGGUGCUCACCAUGUCCCUGGACCAGCGGUUGGAGCAGGUGCUGCCGCGGGAUGAGCGUGACACCUACGAAGCCUCCCUGGUGGCAGCAAGCACAGGUGUGCGCUCCCUGCCCUGUGUGCUCACAGGGUACCCUGUGCUACGCAACAAGAUCGAAUUCGAGCGGCCGGGCCGAGAAGCCAACAAGGACACGUGGAACAAGUUCCUGAUGGCUGUCAAGACAUCCCACAGCCCUGCCUGCCAGGAUGUGCUCAAGUUCCUCGGCCAGUGGUGUGGGGGCCUCCCAAGCACCAGCUUCUCUUUCCAGUGAGUGGGACCACGGCAGCAAUCAGUCCUGUUUGUCAGCACCCUCCACUUCCACCCCCAAUAAAGGUUGUCUCAGCCCUGAUGUAAAUCUGCUCGUCAAGGGACGUGGAGUCCCAGAACACAGGACCACAACCCUAUCCACGUCUC